AGUCAAACAAGUUCAUUUUCUUUUCCAAGAUAAAAUCAAACUGUCACUGUCAAAGCUAUUCAACCCAAUUCUCCAGAUAACAAGCAACAAUAGCCAUGGCUUCUUCUGUGCGAAAUACCCAGCCUUAUGUGCUUUCUGAUAAGCAACUGCACGCGUACAAGGACGAUGGUUUCUUACUUAUCGAGGACUUCUUUUCCCCGCAAGAACAUGCUGCCCUGGCGAGCUACUGCCAAGAGUUCCAGAGAUGGGGUAAAGAAAAGGGAAAGUGGAUGCAAUAUUAUGAGGUCAACACCUCAAGUGGCGAAAACCAACUAUGCCGUACCGAGAACUUUACUCCAUUUCACGAGUCCAUGGCAGGCUAUGUCAAAAGCAAGCGUCUCCUGGAUGUUCUGCAAGAACUCCACGGUGAAGAAUAUGUCCUCUUUAAGGAGAAAGUCAACUAUAAGCUUCCAGGUGGUGGAGGUUUUCCAGCACAUCAAGACGCUCCUGCAUUCGUUCAGUUUGGCCAGUCAUCCCAUAUGACGGUAAUGUUUACCAUCGAUCCUACCACAAGUGAGAACGGCUGCUUGGAAGUAGUUCCGGGGUCACACAAGAAUGAAUAUGAGCGAGGAAUUUUACCGCAAGAAAAACAUGAUGGGUCAAUCUCAACAGAUUGGUGCAACAAGCAAGGGUGGAAGCCUGUCUACUGCAAACCUGGAUCGGUCCUGAUUUUUGGCGCUUAUUUGGCUCAUCGUUCUGGGGACAACAAUACCAGCAACUCGAGAAUCGCUGUGUAUCUCACUUAUAAUGCUGCUCGAGAGGGUGAUAUGCGUGACCACUACUAUGCAGAAAAGCGAAAGUUGUUCCCGCCAUCUUAUGAGCGUGAGGAGGGCAAGGAUUACAGUGAAGGUGCUGUCAUCUACAACCUCGCUACUCCCAUUAAAUCAUGAAAAGCUGCGCAUCAUAGUUUCUUUUCAAUUACAGUAGUAUCAGCUCAUUUUGCUUAUGACAUUUUAAUGAUAUAAGUACUUCAACCUUUCUUCUCCUAUAUAUACUACUACUACAUAACUAUACUUUGUUCCAUGAUGUUAAAAUUAUUUGCCGUGCAUACAAUCAAUCCUCCGCAAAGGUCAACCUUGGUAAAGCAAACCGUCAAUAAGAGUUCUUUUUCAUUUGUCUAUACCAACAUGAUCGUAUGUCAAUCCAGAUAAAAUAUCCUGUGAUUGGUAAUAGCAGAUGCAGUUAAUUAUAUGUACAAGCUUUUUAUGAGUUGUAUCAGAUAUGUAGUAUUGUAUAUAACAGAUAUUGAUGCAGUAACAAUGUCUCUAUUGUAUAUAUAUUUUCAGCUUAU